UGACUUAAGAAAAUAUUAUACGUUAUCAGUAUAGGUUAGUGACUCUAAUGUCGCUUUAUUCAGGUAUAUAUAACGUUGCAACAGUGUUUUAAGAAUUUCUAAAGUACUUUAAAUUAAUUAAUGAAAUGUGAUGUUUAAGUUCAUGUACAUAAUUUAUAAAAAUUAUUAUUUAUGUUUUAUAUACAUUAAUCUAUAAAUCAAUGCUUAUUAUUGAAAAAUGGCAGAAGAAGGAAAGAAAGUCUCCUUCGGUUUUGCAAAAUCUAUUAAGAAACCUGUAUUAAAAAAUAUUGUGCCACAAGAAGAAAAAAAAGUUGAUUAUAUUGAAUGUCUUGAUGAGAAAAAUAUUAAAGUAAUAGGUGAAGAGGAAAAGAAAGAUGAACCUCUCGUCAUUCCAUUAUUAGGUUCAAAAACUUGGCAUGACAGAAUUAUUAAUCAUAUCGAUGCAGAUAUUUUUGAACCUAAAGAAAAUAAAGAAAAAACAGAAGAUGUUAAUAUUAAUAAGGAAGUCAAGUCAAAAUUAUCUAAUGGAAAUGCAUCACCACAAAUUAUAACAAAAGAACUAGAACAAUUAGUGGAUAAUAAAGUUGUUACAUUAGAAGAACAAGCAGCUAAAGAAAUUAUUGAAGAAUUAAAAUUAAAGGAGCAGCAGGAAACAAAAACAAAUGAUUUUACUUUACCUUUAGUAGAAGAUCAAUCAUUAAGAGGCCAAGAACAGUCUACAUUAGAAGAUUAUGAAAGAAUUCCUGUUGAUGUUUAUGGUUUCGCAAUGUUACGAGGAAUGGGUUGGCAACCAGGAAAAGGAAUUGGUAGAAAUGAAAAAGUUGUAUCAGCAGUUAUACCAGAAUUACGACCAAAAGGUAUGGGUCUUGGAGCAGACAAAGUAACUCAACAAAAAAACACAGAUUCUAAUAAACAAGAAGAAGAACUUAAAAUAGAAAAAGGAACAUUUGUAAAAAUUAUAGCUGGAAAACAAAGUAAUAAUUAUGGUCAAAUAGAAGGAUUUGAUGAUGAUGCAGGAAGGCUCAUAAUAAAAUUAGCUCUUGGUGGAAGCAUAAUAUCUGUAAAUGAAUUUAUGGUUCAGCCAGUGACUAAAUCAGAAUAUUCAAAAAAUUCAAAAGUUUUAACAUUUCGAUUAUCAUUAGUACAGCUCGAAGUUCAUGAAGUAAAAACCAAGAAUAUAGAAAAGGCAGUUUCAUACAUUUCAAGCGCAAAAAAGCAGAAUGCUGACAUUGUCGCUUUUCCUGAAUGUUUUAAUUCACCAUAUGGAAUACAAUACUUUCCUAAAUAUGCUGAGCAUAUUCCUGAUGGAGAAACGAGCGUCGCUUUAUCAAAAGCUGCUAAAGAAAACAAUAUUUAUGUAGUUGGUGGUACAAUACCUGAAAGAGAUGGUGAUAAAUUGUUCAAUACUUGCACUAUUUGGGGACCUGAUGGGACUCUGAUAGCGAAACACCGAAAGAUGCACUUAUUCGAUAUCAACAUUCCUGAUAAAAUUAUUUUUCGCGAGAGUGAUUCACUCAGUUCUGGUAAUUCUUUGACAAUGUUUGAAGUGAAGAAUUGCAAAAUUGGUAUUGGCAUUUGUUAUGAUAUUAGAUUCGAGGAAAUGGCACGCAUUUAUCGAAAUAAAGGUUGCCAAAUGCUAAUAUAUCCGGCGGCAUUCAAUUUAACCACUGGACCACUGCAUUGGUCAUUGCUUCAGCGUUCCAGAGCGAAUGACAAUCAAUUAUACAUUGCUGGUAUAUCUCCGGCUCGGAAUCCUUCGGCCAGUUAUGUCGCAUGGGGUCAUACACAGUUAACUAGUCCCUGGGGAGAAAUUCUUCAUGAUCUGGAAACUCAUGAGAGCAUGGUGGUCACCGAUAUUGAUUUGAAAAUUGUUGAAGAGGUAAGGGCUCAAAUACCCAUAUUUUAUCAGAGACGUACCGAUUUGUAUGACACUAUCUGGAAAAAAGAUUAAUUCUAUAC